AUUUGUCUACGUUGCCUAUGAUCAAAUCUUUGAAUUUUGCAGAGACGCGUAACUGAUGCCCUACCAUCUCGGAGAAGGAAAAAACCGUGAGGCAGAACGAAUCUAGACGAUUACUUCUAGCGUCUUGCAACGGGCUAAUAUAAAUUUGACUGUGAUCCUUGAAGACAAUUGAUCCGAUUCAUAUUCGGCAUUAGAGCAGUAAUGGCCUGCAUGGGUUCUCUGAGCUUUUCCACGCAGACCCUCAAGUCCACCUAUUUACCCUCUUCACAAAAAUGCCAUUCACUAAUGAGCUUUGGCACUUUAUCUGAGCAACGAUGCAUUCAGAUGUCGUCAUUGUCAACAACUAAAUAUUGUGGACUCAGGAGCACUUCGUUACAUGGAUGCAAAAGAAUCAGGCCCAAACAAUAUUAUAGAACAAGUGCACCAAAAAAAACAGGUAUCAGGUGCAUGUUCACUGGAAUAGUUGAAGAGAUUGGAAAGGUUAAGGAAAUAGGGACUGGAGACAAAGAAGGUUUUGAGAUGACAAUAGAAUCCAAUUUUGUUGUCGAAGACAUUAAGUUGGGGGAUAGCAUUGCUGUGAAUGGUACAUGUCUGACUGUGACAAGGUUCAAUUCACACUCAUUUACAGUGGGUUUGUCCCCUGAAACCCUCAGAAAAACUUCCCUAGGAGAAACUAGUGCCGAGUCCGAUGUCAAUCUAGAACGUGCGCUGCAACCAAAUUCCAGAAUGGGUGGUCACUUUGUUCAGGGCCAUGUUGAUGGGACUGGGGAAAUUGUAUCUAUGGAAGAAGAAGGUGAUUCUCUAUGGAUUAAGGUCAAGACCCUCCCCGCAUUGCUGAAGUACAUCGUUCCAAAGGGAUUUAUAACUGUGGAUGGCACAAGUUUAACAGUUGUUGAUGUUUUUGAUGAUGAAGAUUGCUUUAAUUUUAUGCUGGUAGCUUACACCCAACAGAAGGUAGUGAUUCCUGGGAAGAAAGUUGGCAACAAAGUCAAUCUGGAGGUGGAUAUUCUUGGGAAAUAUGUUGAGAGAUUGUUGAGUGGGUACAAGGAUCCUGUUGUUUUGAAUGGCUAGAGGAAACUUCUUUAACUAUGAGAGAUAUGAGCAUUGAAUUUGGAGACCUCAAUGGUGCUUGUAUUCAACAUGUGAUUUUAACAGAUCCAAUGGAAAUAGAUCAAUUCAGUUUGUGUACUUAGUGAGUACAUCAUUCUUAAUAUGGCUAUUUUGUUUCAAUAAUUUUUUUGACAUCUGUAUCUUUCAUUUAAACAUAUUAUUCUGUCUUAAGGAAACGAUUCCAUAAAUAUAUUAUUUUGAUGGUAA